CACAGCACGCCCCCAAUCCCCCUACCGGCUACCUCGAGAAGCCAAGCCACCUCUCCGUUCCCCUUCCCGGCGGCCGCGCCGACCAGCCAACCGACGGCGGCGCCCCUCUCUUGUUCCCGAAGCCUCGCACCACCGUAGGACCCUUCCGCCGAAGCACGCAACGCCUCAUCUCCUCCUCGUCGCCUCGGAUCUGGCAUAGGGAUAAAUGGCGAGUCUAACCGGUCUUACCGCGAACCCUAAUCCGAACAAGUCGUUCGAGAUCCUGCCUAACCCGGGUGACUCCGUCUCGAGCCUCAGCUUUAGCCCCAAGAGUAAUCUGCUGGUGGCAACCUCCUGGGAUAACCAGGUGAGGUGCUGGGAGAUAGUUGGCGGGAACAGUCAGCCGAAGGCAUCCAUAUCGCAUGAUCAGCCAGUCCUCUGCUCGGCUUGGAAGGACGAUGGAACUACUGUCUUCUCCGGUGGCUGUGACAAGCAGGUCAAAAUGUGGCCUCUGCUGUCCGGUGGGCAGGCCCAGACGGUCGCAAUGCAUGAUGCACCUGUCAAGGAGAUUGCAUGGAUUCCUCAGAUGAAUCUUCUUGUCUCUGGAAGCUGGGAUAAGACUCUAAGGUACUGGGACACAAGGCAAUCAAAUCCUGUUCAUGUUCAGCAACUUCCAGAGCGUUGCUAUGCUCUUACAGUGAAUUACCCCCUUAUGAUUGUGGGAACUGCUGAUCGCAACCUUGUGGUCUUCAACUUGCAGAAUCCUCAGACGGAGUUCAAGCGUAUUCAGUCACCACUAAAAUACCAGACACGGUGCGUCGCUGCAUUCCCUGAUCAACAAGGAUUUCUGGUGGGUUCGAUAGAAGGAAGAGUUGGUGUGCAUCAUAUUGAUGAUUCACAGCAAAGCAAAAACUUCACUUUCAAAUGUCACAGGGAAGGAAAUGAUAUAUUCUCUGUAAAUUCACUCAACUUCCACCCUGGCCAUCACACGUUUGCGACUGCGGGAUCUGAUGGUGCCUUCAAUUUCUGGGAUAAGGAUAGCAAGCAGAGGCUGAAGGCUUUUAGUAGAUGUCCCCUUCCUAUUCCUUGCAGUACCUUCAACAGUGAUGGUUCCAUAUUUGCUUAUGCGGUAUGCUAUGACUGGAGCCGUGGGGCUGAGAACCACAAUCCUGCAACUGCAAAGACAUCCAUCUAUCUCCACAGUCCACAGGAAUCUGAGGUCAAAGGAAAGCCACGCCUUGCGACAGGCAGGAAGUGAUUAUAUCCAGCGGAUGCAAAGCCAAUGGGUGCAGAAGAGAUCAUAUAUUUUAUUUGGAGAAGGCGUUUCUCUUGGGCCUCAGCGUGUUCGACUUGCAUGAUCCGUUCUUUUUGGCUGGGCAUCAGUUUUGUUGCGUCUCUUGUAUUAGCAUCUGGUAGCUGUAAAUUCCCGUCUGCAUGUAGUUACCGAUGACAGGGACUUAGCAAGUCUUAACGUGUUUUCGAUGUCUAGUCCUCUUUAGGAAUGCCUUAUCUAAGUUUCAUGAGCAUAUGGUACUGCUGAGUCAAAUCAGCACAUACUCCAGUGAGAGUGUUGCGACUAAUGUAAAUUUUCUGGAAUGUGGAUCGAUAUCUGAUGGCAUUGGUGUUACAUGAUGAGAUAUACUAAAUUACUAGUGACGAGGAUUAAAAAGAACAUUAUUUGGAAAUA